AAACGCCCCAGCUCUGGGCAGAGGGAAAUACACGCCUGCUGCAGUGCAAACCCCCAAAAAGUAUCCGCAUCAAUCACAAACUACUUCGACGACGCACCACCAGCGAAUCUAGCAUGACGCUACACCACAAAGCAGAGGAGGGCCCGACGCCCGGCCGCGACCCGCGCUACAGACAGCACAGCGUUGCGAGAGCGGUCGCGAGAUCGCGCCUGGACGCCACGUCGCUCAUCCGCCCGGUCCUGACCUACCUGUUGUACGCGGUGACGAUUCCGUUCAAUCUGGCCUCCCGCGCGUGCGCCAUGUUGAGCGAAAAGGCCGGCAACCGCAGCCAUGCUUUAUUGAGCGCUGCCGGGCAGCAGAACUCGAAGGACGCCGCCAAGACCGACGCGGUCUGCGAUGAGGCGUGCGCGGUCCUGGCACACCGCAUGAAGGUCGAUAGACUCUCGGGCGGCAGAGUGAUCGAGGCGACCACAGUUGUCCUGUUCCACAACAUCGAGGCCGGGACGAUCGACGCGCGGCAGCGCGAUUUAGUCAUCAGCGGCCUGGGCUGGUCCGCGCGCUGCGCGUUCGCCUUGCUGAACCGGAUGAUCCGGGAGCAUCGGAUGACGAUGUGCAAGGCCGACUUCGACCGCUGCCUCGAGAUGAUCCAGACGCGCGUCGUCGGCUCGCGGCGCGAGGAGCUCGGAGGCUUGUUACGGGCGGGCGACGAAACGAAGCACCCGGUGAUCUUCACGGUCGUGACGACGGUCGUGCCGGCGCCGCCGGGCCACCCCGCGCACGGCCUCUUGAUGCUCCCCCUCGUCGUCUCGUUCAUCGCGAUGGUCUCGCAACCGUCGAUGACGUCGACGUCGAUGCGGCGCUUCUACGAGGACCCGUUCUUCCAGGCGCUGCUCGUGUGUGUCUUCCUGCACUUCGGCGUGUCGCCCGGCGAGUCCGAGGCCGAGAUCGACGUCAUCCGCGCGCAGAUCGGGCGCGCCAGGCAGCUCCAAACUCAGCUGCCGGCCUGGUGGGGCUUCGACGAAGGACCAUCAAAGUGUGGGAACGCCGUCUUCUACGGCAUGUCGCACGCGGAAAUCGCGCGCGUCCCGGAGCGCAUCGCCAAGGCGCUCCUCUCCGACGCGCACACGAAGGGCCCGCACAAGAUCCUCGACCUCAACUCGCGCGUGACCGUCGAGCUCAUCCUCGAGGCAGCGAGGGAGGGCAGCCCUUGCGGCGACGUCGCGGUGCUCAAGCUCCUCGGCAAGCCCGAAGAGUCGCAGUGCGUCGCCGUGUAG